AUGCAACUGGUAUCCAUGCUCGCCCUGUGUUCUGGCUCUCUGCGUCCGCAGCCCGACACCACGUUCUGGGGCGCCAUCACGCAGCAUUUCAACGACAUCGCCUCCGAGGCUGGGCUCUUCCUCCCAGAGAUGUCCUGUGGUGCUCCCUCCAAGGACUCGCUCACCGUGGACGAGAUCGACACGAGCGCCAGAGACGAGGUGGUCUACGACCCUCCCGUGUCCAGAGGCUCUGGCAGCACCUCGGCCAACGCCGGCAACGGUGGCAAGUCUUCCGUGGGCACGGCGCAGAAGUUCUGCACUUCCUGCGGCUAUUCGUUUAAGAAAGGUACUGACAAGUUUUGCCCAUCCUGUGGUACACAGCGUUUGCAGGCAGCAUCUGAUGAAGCGACCCCCACUCCAGAACCGCCAGAGCCAGAGAAGGAGGCGCCGGCGCCGAAGCAGGACCUCCUCAGUCUGGACGAGACUGCGCCAGAUUCCGCCAACGCCGCGGCUUCAACGCCAGAGCCAGAUGCGACUGCGCCACCACCAAAGCAGGACCUCCUCGAUCUAGAUGAGCCCGGCGCGGCAGCCAGUGCGGGCCCGGCGAUAACGGUGGGGCUAGAGGCUGUGGCGCCCCCGCCAGAGCCAGUUCUACUGAGUAUGGAUGAGCCUGCGGCGGCAACUCCUAAGGCCGAGUCCGUUCCGCCUGUUGACAUGCUGAUAGAUGUUUCCGCCGCGCAGGCGCCCGCGCCUUCGCACACGCCAGUGGCACCUACUAGCGCCGAGCCAGCUCAGACAUCUGACCUUCUCAUAGAGUUUCCCGUUGCGGCUGCGCCCGCGCCACUGUCUGCGAUCGUGAGCGACCUGGACUCAAUGACGUUUGCACCCCCUACAGCUACAGCACCAAGUGCGUUGAUGCCAGCAGAAGCACUGGCACCAGCCCAAGCUGCUAAUGCAAAAGUCGCGGCGCCCGCCGCGCUUGUCGCCGACGCCAAGGCUGCAUCGGUGGCACCCAUCCCCGCCCUCUCCCCGCCUCCAGGUGCCAAGCAGCCAGCCCCGGUCGCUGACGAUCUUUUUGCCGACUUUUCCGCGGCCCCAGCGCCGCCCAUGACCCAAGACUGCGUGCCAACGCUGUCUACCAGCGCCCCUGCGCAAGCCGUUCCAGAGCUGUUGUUCCAGGACACCCCCACAGUGACGGCAGCACCUUCUGCUUCUCUGGCCCCGUUCGGUUACGGCGCUUCCGCUGCAGCAACACCUGCUAGCGCGGGCUUGGCCGCAGCGGCAGUAGCAGAGCCAGAUCCAUUUGCCGAGCUGCAGCAGUCGGCGGCGGCUCAGCGUGCAACGGUGCCAGCAGUUGGCAUGGUCGUGGGCGGUGUGGCCCCGCACGGCCUGGUGGCGGAAGCAGGCUCCUUUGGAGGGUUGCCAACCGCACCCGCGCCCCUGGCAGCACAAGCCAUGCCGCCCUACGGCCAGCCAGCCUGGCCUGGCCCCCUGGCUGCAGCGCCAUCUGUGGCAGGCACCUCCAGACCGGAUCCUUUCGCAGGGAUGUCGGGGACACCAGCGCCUGCGCUGCAGAUGGCAUCAACUCCAGCGCCCGCCUGGUCGAUCGCGCCCGCGGCGAUGAACCCCCCGAUGUCGACCAACGCGGUGCCCUUCACGGCGGAGCCAGGCGCCGCCGCAGCGGACUCGCCCCCCGCGGUCUCGGAGGUCCCGAGCCGCGUCGACGAGAUAGGGGCGGAAUUGUUCGCUGCGGCCUCCGCCGCCUUCCAGCUGUCGUCCCUUACAAGAACGGACCCGGCGAAGGAGGAGCCCGCGCACGCGCCGACCGCGCUGGCCGAGGGUGCCGCGCCAGCCGAGGCCGCGUCGCGCCUGGCGGCGCGGCCAGCCGAGGCGCUAGUCCCGGGCGCGGGCGCGGAGGCUCUGGCGAGCGUCAUCCUGUCG